AUGACCUCCAGGAUGACUUUCCCACGCGAAUGUGACGUUCUGGUGGUGGGCAGCGGCAACGCCGGAUUCUCCGCGGCUGUAUCCGCCGUUCAAUCUGGGGCCGCUUCAGUGAUGUUGAUCGAUAAGUGCCCAGAGGCGUGGGCUGGGGGAAAUACAUAUUUCACCGCAGGGGCCUACCGUACGGUGCACGAGGGGUUGAAUGAUCUCCUCCCCCUGGUCAACAAUGUCGACCAAGAUCUGGCGACUCGAAUCGAUCUGAGCCCUUACACCAAGGAUGACUUUGCCAAUGACAUGCAUCGCGUGUGCAUGGGCCGCUCCGAUCCGCAGCUUGCGCAAACGCUCAUUUCUGACUCCAAUUCCGCAAUCAAAUGGCUGGCCCAAAAUGGCAUUCGGUUCCAGCUAUCAUUCAAUCGCCAAGCAUACAAGUUGAACGACAGAUACCAGUUCUGGGGUGGAUUGGCAUUGAAGACAGAGAAUGGGGGCAAGGGGCUCGUCGAUGAUCACAAAGAAGCUGCCCGUCGCCACGGGGUCACAGUCUGUUGGUCCACCGCGCUGACUGGGGUUGAUCUACAAACACCGGACAAGGACAGCGCAUUGUCGCACCCUCCGCGAGUGAAGGCUUCUGUUCUUCAGGAUGGGAUUGAGAAGACAAUUCACGCCCACUCCCUCAUUUUUGCCGCUGGUGGAUUUGAGGCCAAUCCCCGCAUGCGCUGCCAGUUCUUGGGGCCUGGUUGGGACAUGGCUAUGGUCCGAGGAACACCAUACAACACCGGUGACUGUCUGGAAAUCGCAAUCCGCGAGCUGGAUGCGAAGCCCGUGGGUAACUGGUCUGGCUGUCACUCAGUUGCUUGGGACGCAAAUGCAUCCGCCAACAUUGGAGAUCGCGAAGCAUCAAACGAAUACACCAAAUCUGGGUAUCCACUUGGCCUGAUGCUCAACACCAAGGGAGUUCGGUUCGUGGAUGAGGGUGUUGAUCUACGGAAUUAUACCUAUGCGCGCUUUGGAAAGGCCAUAUUGGCCCAACCAAAUCAUGUUGUCUUCCAGGUUUGGGACGCACAGACAAUUCCUUGGCUUCGUGAAGAAGAGUAUCGCGAGGAACGCGUUGAACGAAUCACUGCGAACACACUGGAGGAAUUGGCCCACAAGUGCUCCCAGCGGGGGUUGGAAGACCGUGCCCAAUUCGUGCGGACCAUUCAGGAGUACAACGAGGCCGUUUACGCGCAUCGUCGAGAGAACCCACGCGCUGAAUGGAACCCAGCAAUCCGUGAUGGGGUUUCGACCCAAUCCAGCACCAAGCAACUGGACCUUGCAAAGUCAAACUGGGCAUUAUCUAUUGACAAGGGUCCCUUUCUGGCCGUGAAGGUAUCCUGUGGCAUUACUUUCACUUUUGGCGGAUUGGCAGUUGAUCCGCAAACUGCUCGCCUGCUCCAGUCAUCUACUGGACAACCGAUCCCCAAUGUCUUCUGUGUAGGUGAAAUGAUGGGUGGACUUUUCUACAACAAUUAUGCAGGGGGUAGUGGCCUCACAUCGGGCGCGGUAUUCGGGCGACGUGCUGGACAUGCUGCUGCUCAAGUGGCUCUUGCCGCGAAGUCUGAACGUCAACUCGAAAGAGGUGACAGAACUGUGAAAUUGUAG